AUGCUGGGCUUUCCUGCGGCUGGCCUCUGGGUGCUACUGACUGCCUCGAUUGUCUCGGGACUUCGUUAUGAUUCAGAGCAGAUCCCGUGGAAUCUGAACCAGAAUCAAUCCGCGACGAAUCCUGUUGAUUACUGGGGAGAAUGGACCGGCCACUCCUACACGCCGUCGCCUGACAGUUGGCGUUUCCCUUUCUAUACCGUUUUCCCUGACAGGUUCGUGAAUGGCGAUCCAACCAAUGAUGAUGCCAAUGGCACCUACUUUGAGCACGAUAUUAUGGGCAACCAGCUCCGCCAUGGUGGAGAUCUGGCUGGCUUGGUGGACAGCCUUGACUAUUUGCGCGGAAUGGGGAUGAAGGGUAUCUACAUUGCCGGUUCUCCAUUUAUCAAUCAGCCUUGGGGCGCUGACGGGUACUCGCCGCUGGACUUGACACUUUUGGACCAUCACUUGGGAACCAUCGAUGUGUGGCGCCAAGCCGUCGCCGAGAUCCACAAGCGUGGGAUGUAUGUCAUCUUGGAUAAUACUUUCGGCACGCUGGGCGACCUGAUUGGUUUCAAAGGCUAUCUUAACGCCACCGCACCCUUCACCCUCAAAGGGCACAAGGUGGAAUGGAAGACAGACCGGAUAUACCGCGACUUUAACUUCUCAAACACCUGGCAAGACAAUUGCCAGUUUCCACGGUUCUGGCUCGAGACCGGUUACCCUGUAGGAUCCGAUGUGACUGAUCAAUUGAAAGGGUGCUAUAAUGGCGAAUUUGAUCAGCAGUUUGGCGAUACCGAGGCUUUUGGUGUCUUUCCAGAUUGGCAACGUCAAUUGUCAAAAUUUGCUUCGGUUCAAGAUCGACUCCGAGAAUGGGACCCCGAAGUGCUCGAAAAGAUUCAACAUUUCUCCUGCUUGGCAAUUGCAAUGCUCGAUGUUGACGGCUAUCGGUUCGAUAAGGCAACCCAGGUUACGGUGGACGCCAUGGCACAAUUCAAUGCAUAUAUUCGCGACUGUGCGGCCAGAUACGGAAAGCAUAACUUUUUUAUGCCCGGUGAGAUUACGGGUGGAAACGUCUUUGGAUCCAUCUACUUGGGUCGUGGCCGCCAGCCUGAUAUGACCCCCUCGAGCAACCUCACAGCGGUCACUAUGACGAACAACUCCUCGGAGUCAUUCUUCCUCCGUGAUCAUGGCGAAAAUGCCUUGGAUGCUGCUGCGUUCCAUUAUACGGUGUAUAGAACACUCACCCGAUUCCUAGGAAUGGACGGUAACCUUGAAUCUGGCUAUGACACGCCUCCUAAUUGGGUUGAAAUGUGGGAAUACAUGCUCCUCACAAACGAUUUGGUCAACCCAAGCACGGGAUUAUUCGACCCCCGCCAUAUGUAUGGUGCAACUAAUCAGGACGUUUUCCGAUGGCCUGCGAUUGCAAAUGGCACGGAGAGGAUGCUCCUUGGAUUGUUCAUCACCACCUUGCACAUGCCUGGAAUACCUUUGGUUCUUUGGGGAGAAGAACAAGCAUUCUAUAUCCUUGACAACACCGCCUCCAACUAUCUUUUCGGCCGUCAAGCAAUGUCUCCUGCACGCGCAUGGCAGAUCCAUGGAUGCUACGAAAUUGGCUCUGGGCAGUACUACCGAUUCCCAGUCGACAGCGCUACCGAUGGCUGUCACGAUCCAACUGUCAGUCUCGAUCACCGUGAUCCUACGCACCCAAUCCGCAAUAUCAUGAAGAGCAUGUACCACAUGCGCUCCAACUUUCCGGCGUUGAAUGAUGGUUACUACCUGCAACAGCUUUCCAACUUUACUGAAAACGUCUACUACCCUGGUAGUAAUGGAACACCAACGGAAACAGGCAUGUGGAGUGUGCUUCGGUCCAUAUGGGACGGCGUCCAAGACUUCGAUGAUGUCGGUCAAGGCAACCAGUCUGUUUGGCUUCUCUAUUCAAACAUGAACAGAACGCACAAUUACGUCUUUGAUUGUAAGAGCAAUGAUACGGCGCUUAUAGCACCUUUCGUCACUGGCACGACUGUCAAGAACCUCUUUUACCCUUUUGAUGAGUUUGAGCUGGUUGACUCGCCGCAGAACUGGACAUUCACCAAAUCAAAAAAGGUCAAUGGCUGCUAUGGAUCUCUCACAAUGGAGGCUUAUUCAUUCCGCGCCUAUGUCCCCAAGGACAAGUUUGUUGAACCUCCGCCUAUGCUCACCGGAUUUGUUCCCGGACACGACGCGCGUCUGAAGUCAACUGUUGCGCCAGGGAAGCAGGAAUCAAUCAAUGUGGAAUUCCAUUUCUCGACACCGAUGGACUGUGAUUCAGUGACCAAUUCCAUAAGCUUUAACUCGUCAACCGAGGAUGACACAACGCCGUCUUUGGACAAGAACAGCGUCAAGUGCCAGACUAUCUCGGCGGUUAAUACGACGUAUGUUGGUGGGAUUCCUACCACCUGGACCUGGAAGGGUACUCUCAUCAAUGUUUCAAAUGGUAUACAUGCAGUCACACUCAACAAUGCCACCUCGCAGGCAGGCAAUGUCACCGAUGCUGUCGAUCGGCUUCUUUUCCGAACCGGCCAGGACGAUAAUCCAAUCGUUUUCCCUACGUUGGCAAACUAUACGCAGGCUCUGUUACACAAGGAAUCUGAUGGUACACUCUACUUGUCGCACAAAGCUGCCGGCGCUGAUAUGUUCCGCUAUUCACUGAAUUGGGGAACCUCUUUCUCCAAUUGGACAGAAUACAAAGGCGGAAAUACAACUCUGGAACCUCAGCAUUGGUCGGGUGCGAAGCGACAGGCUUGGAAGGGCGACCAUGUCAUCGUCCAUUAUUACAGCCGCUUGGCAGGUAGCAGUGACGCCUUCCAGCAUGCCGAUGCUGUGGCCCAAUCUCCAAAGCGAUUCCCACAUCUGUUCUUGCAUGGUGCCUUCAAUCAAUACGGCUUCGAUUCUGGUGUACCGAAUACUAUGACUUGGCGGGGCAAUGGUAUGUGGGACUUUAACCUCAUGACUGAAUGGCCUGCUACUUUCCAAGUCAAUGUUUGGGGAAUGAAUCCUGAUGGCCAGCCGGACCAAACCUGGGUUUUUGGUGACGUGGAUGGUGAUAGCGUUCUGGACCGGAUGCCGCCAUCUUCGCUUGCUGGCAACUUCCUGAAUGUCUCAGAAUAUCCCCCUUCGCCAUAUCUGUCAUACAAGAUCUCCGUUAAUGAUGGCGACUAUACAUACACGCUAACGCCGUCCGGUAACCGAUGGCAUCAGAUGAUUUUGUUUUUCCUACUUUGGUUCGUGCCAGUCAUUACCGGAGCGUUGGCUAUUUGGGCUUUCAUGAAGUCUUUCUACCAAGUCAAAUUUAAUCAAGUUGGUGUCAGUCAGAAGAGAGAGUUGAUACCCUUAGCUCUACGUCGCAAGUUUGCUCGGUCGGGAUUCUCAGCUGUGCCAGAUAAUGCGUCGGGACCGCUUUUGAAGCUCGGUCGCGCGAUGAAUAGCUCGACUAACGUUCUUGACACCGCCGCCGUUGGCGCUGCGGGUGCAUCGACGAAGAGACGGAUGGUGCUGAUUGCCACAAUGGAAUACGAUAUCGAAGAUUGGAAGAUUAAGAUCAAAAUCGGUGGUUUGGGUGUCAUGGCACAGCUCAUGGGCAAGAAUCUUGGUCAUCAGGACCUUAUCUGGGUCGUUCCUUGCGUGGGCGGAAUUGAUUAUCCCAUUGAUACGCCGGCUGAACCAAUGGUGGUCACUAUCCUGGGUAAACCCUAUGAGGUUCAAGUCCAAUAUCAUCAGUUGCAUAAUAUCACCUACGUCCUGUUGGAUGCGCCUGUCUUCAGGCAGCAAUCUCAGGCCGAGCCUUACCCGCCACGAAUGGACGAUCUCGACAGUGCCGUGUACUAUUCCGCUUGGAAUGCCUGCAUUGCGGAGACCAUCAAGCGAUUCCCCAUCGAUUUAUACCAUAUCAACGACUACCACGGUGCAGUUGCGCCUUUGCACCUCCUGCCGAAUACGAUUCCCUGCUGUCUUUCUCUUCACAAUGCAGAAUUUCAAGGAUUGUGGCCCAUGCGCUCAAACAAAGAGCGGGCAGAAGUUUGUGCUGUCUAUAAUCUUGACCCGAGCAUUGUCAAGAAAUAUGUCCAGUUUGGUGAAGUCUUCAACUUGCUUCACGCAGGUGCCAGCUAUCUUCGAGUCCACCAAAAGGGUUUCGGCGCUGUUGGAGUGUCAAAGAAAUAUGGAAAGCGAUCAUAUGCACGUUAUCCUAUCUUCUGGGGGCUCACCAAGGUUGGCCAACUUCCAAACCCUGAUCCUUCAGAUACUGCAGAAUGGGAUAGGAACGAGGCGCAGCGAGGCGAUGACAUCCGAAUUGAUCCGGAAUAUGAAGGCUCUCGUGGUGACCUCCGGCGCCAAGCACAAGAAUGGGCAGGACUUAAUGUGGAUCCAAAUGCCGAGCUAUUUGUGUUUGUUGGCCGUUGGUCCACCCAGAAGGGUGUCGAUCUUAUUGCUGAUGUUUUCCCGGCCGUUCUUGAAGCUCACCCUAAGGUUCAACUAAUCUGUGUUGGCCCUGUCAUUGAUCUCUACGGAAAGUUUGCUGCCUUGAAGCUUGGCAAGAUGAUGGAACUGUACCCUGGAAGAGUCUUUUCCAGGCCAGAAUUUACUGCCCUUCCACCAUACAUUUUCAGUGGAGCAGAAUUUGCACUUAUUCCUUCUCGAGACGAACCUUUCGGACUUGUCGCUGUUGAAUUCGGCCGUAAAGGAGCCCUUGGUGUCGGUGCGAGGGUUGGAGGUCUGGGACAAAUGCCUGGCUGGUGGUAUACAGUUGAAUCUACCACGACUACACAUUUGAUCCACCAAUUCAAACAAGCCAUUGAAGGUGCUCUGGCAUCCAAGACAGAGACAAGAGCCAUGAUGAGAGCUCGGUCCGCCAAGCAGCGAUUCCCUGUCCAGCAAUGGAUUGAAGACCUUGAGACUCUGCAGGGCAAUGCCAUCCGAGUUCACAACAAGGAAGCUUCCAAAAGUGGAUCUUCUACAAGACCGCCGUCUCCGAUGGCAUACAAUCAUCAAUUUGGCAGCGAGCUCACGCUCCCUACGGUCGCUAGCCGUCCCGUUAGCAUCGUCGGCCCUCCUCGAGCUUCAUGGUUACAUAGGAAUUCCAGCAGCUUUUUCCGCUCCCCGAGUCCGGGCGCAGAGGAACAACCACCGGUGCCUGGCCCUGGUUUGAGCCGAAAGUUAUCUCUUGGCAUUAGAUCUGGACCGGGACACAACAAUCGAGAAAAGCGUCGGCGCAGCAAAAGCGGUCCUAUUGGGGUUGCUGUGUCAGAAGUCGAAGAUGAAAGCGAAGAGGACGACAUUAUCUCUCAAUAUGGUGACGAGUACACUGUUACUGCUGAGCAAGCUCAAGCUGGUCGAGCGAUGGGUGAAGCAUACUCUCCCGGCCUCUCCCCGGUCAGCCAUGGAUUGUCAUAUCCUCGACAAGAUCAUGAAUUUGAAGAAGAACCGCCGUCCUUGCCUGGUACGCCUGGUGCAGUUUCCCCCGGCCCUCAUUCACUCGGCCCCGAGGAUGGAUUGCUCGCACCUGUGUCCCCUUUUGCUCGUCAAGAGAACCGGCUUAGCAGUGCAUCUGUACUCAGUCUUUCUGAAGUGGUGGGCGAUAAAAAGGACUUCAAACUACAAAAGGUGGAUCCUUUCUUCACUGACUCAAAUGGCGAAUACUAUAAAGCAUUUGAAAAGAGGCUAGAAGCACUUGAUGGCAAGAACUCUGAAGAUGUGAUGUGCAUUGAGGAUUAUCUCGUCAAAAGUGAGAAAAAAUGGUUCGACAAAUUCCGCGAUGCACGACUAGGACGAGGCUCUACUCCUGCGCCCUCAGUUUUCAGGAUGAAACGGCAACCUAGCCCUACAGGCUCGAUCUUCAACGAAGAUCUGGACGCAGAGCACAACAAUAGCAGUGACAGCCACGAUGAAUCGGUCAAGAAUGAGUUCUUGCUUGGACAAGACUACGUUCCGCCGUCCGGAUUGAAGAAAUACUUGCAAUUCCGGAUUGGAGAUUGGCCAGUGUACUCCUUCUUUAUUGCACUUGGACAAAUCAUUGCUGCCAAUUCGUAUCAGAUUACUCUCCUUACAGGUCAAGUCGGAGAGUCUGCGGAGAAGCUAUAUGUCAUCGCCAGCAUAUACCUGGCAACGUCGGUCAUCUGGUGGAUUCUUUUCCGAAGAUUGAAGUCGGUCUAUGUUCUUUCAAUUCCGUUCCUCUUCUACGGCGCAGCCUUUUUCCUUAUUGGUAUGGCGCCAUUUGUCCACCAUGUAGCCGGCCGUGGAUGGGUUCAAAAUGUUGGGACUGGCAUGUAUGCGGUUGCAUCUUCAAGUGGAUCUAUUUUCUUUGCUUUGAACUUUGGCGACGAAGGUGGCGCUCCCGUCAAAUCAUGGGUUUUCCGAGCUUGUGCUGUCCAGGGCACUCAACAGAUUUAUAUUGUUGCGCUGUGGUUCUGGGGAUCGUAUCUCACCAAGCUUACCGACAUGGGUGUCACGGAAGCAAGUCCCAUUUCAAUCACUUGGAAGAUGACUGCUAUCACUGUGCCUAUUGCCUGUUUCAUGUGGGUUAUAGGCUGGUUGCUAUUUGUUGGCCUGCCCGACUAUUACCGACAAGUUCCCGGAAAAGUGCCGUCAUUCUAUAUGACCUUGUUCCGACGACGAAUCAUUUUGUGGUUCUUCGUCACGGUCAUCCUUCAGAAUUACUGGCUUUCUGCUCCAUAUGGUCGCAACUGGUUGUAUCUGUGGUCAAGUAAUCAUGCAAAAGCCUGGCAGAUCAUUGUACUUGUGGCUGCCUUCUUUAUCGGUGCCUGGGCUGCCUUCCUCUGGUUCUUCAGUGUACUCUCCAAAGACCACUCCUGGAUUCUCCCAGUCUUUGCCAUCGGCCUUGGUGCCCCUCGUUGGUGCCAAAUGCUAUGGGGCAUUUCCAACAUUGGUCAAUAUGUCCCAUGGGCAGGUGGACCUGUUGCCGGCGCGCUUGUUGGCCGGUCGAUUUGGCUUUGGCUGGGUACCCUCGAUGCAAUCCAAGGAGUCGGCUUUGGUAUGAUUCUGCUCCAGACCCUUACACGUAUCCAUAUUGCCUUCACCCUCAUUGCGGCUCAAGUCCUCGGCUCUAUCGCAACCAUCUUGGCCCGUGCCACAGCACCGGAUCAGAUUGGCCCUGGUGGUGUUUUCCCUGAUUUCUCUGGUUCCAUUACCGAUGGUCUUAAGCAGCCAUAUUUCUGGGUGGCACUCAUCUUCCAGCUCAUAAUCUGUGCUGGCUUCUUCCUCUUCUUCCGAAAGGAGCAGCUUUCAAAACCUUAA